AAUACGAGUGUCUACUUUAAUCAUCGACAAAAUACAUGUUAUAAUCAAAAUAAAUCAUCAAAUAUAAAACUAAAGGCAUGUCUAAAGUAAAAUGGGACUUCAGAGAUAUUUCUGGGCUACUACGAAGGUUUCGACAGUUUCUAUUAGGAAGAAGACACGACAUACCUAAUCUCCACAUUCGUUUCCCGCCUCGGUUAUCCCCAAGGUCCAUCCCAACUCCUAGCAUUCCUCGUGGACCGGAGUCCAUUAAUAAGUACUAUAAUCAGUGGUACAUGGACAGAAGCGCUAAAGAUGGAGUUAAGCCGCCAAUUGUGGGACCUUUGGGCGAAGGUCCCGCGUACCCGUUGGACUGUACGAAGACUCCUCAGAUUACCAACAUUAAACCAACCGAGGUAAAGUUCGCCUGCCCUCCGACCCCCGGCACGCCGUGGUGGUGGGAUGGCCACUGUUACUACGAGUGUACACCGGAGAAGAAACCCAAGGAGCCUGUGAAAUGUGAUCCUCCUCCCGAUCAGUGUGCUAAGUGUUAGCGAUUAGGUACGAUUCAUUAUUGUUGUUAUUGUAAUGUCUAUCAAGU